CCGAACGUACAAAAAUGUCCACCGGCCGCCGCUUGGCCAAGCGCUCCAUCAUCGGCACCAAGGUGUGCGCCAAGGGUCCGGAUGGCCUCUGGUACUCCGGCACCAUAUCCGACGUGAAAACGCCGCCCUCGUACAUGGGACCGCUCUCGCCGCCGCCGCCGCCCACUUUUGUGGUGCCCGGCGAGGCACCGAUUAACGCCGAUACGCGCUACCUGGUCCGCUUCGAUUUCAAGACCGCCGUCGAGUCCCCAACCGCUAGCACGUCGUCCGCGGCCUCGGCCUCGUCCACAUCCUCCACAGAUCCGUCGGUCAUCGUGGAAACGCGUCGCGCUGCCAACGUACACAUCAGUCCUGCUCAGGCACUGCGCCGCAGCGCCAUGAUCAAGGAGUUCCGCGAGUCGGAUCUGAUUGGACCCGGAUUCCGGUCCAUCAUGGACACCGAACUGCAGCCCGGCCAGCGGGUCUACUUCACCUACAACGGACGCGAGCAGAGCGGCGAUGUCGUCAAGCACGACGCUACCAAGGACGAGGUGAUUGUCAAGAUCACAACAGUGGGAAAUGAGGAACCCAUUGAGCUGAAGAAGCGACUGGAGGAAGUGCGUCUGCUGGAAUCGCGACGCUCCGCCCGUCUGGCAGACCAGGAUCGCGACACGGACUUCGCCAGACUCGCCGACAUGAGUGGCGAACGCCGCAGAACCACCACACACAGUAUUGAGGUGCCAUCGCAGCUGACGGCGCAGCACAAUCCCCGGAAACGUCCGCCCAGCGAUCACCAGGACUACGGCAAAGAUGAGGAAACAUGCCGUGCCGCCGAGAUUCUGUCAUCGAUGAAGCUGCAGAGUCCGCAUGGCUCAAUGGCCGACAAGUGCUCGAGUCCCGGCAGCAGCUCGUCGGCUUCCUGGAGCUCCGGUUCCCCAUCGCCGCCACUGAGCGACGACGGCCACGCCCACCACAGCCCACACAACAUGAUGUCGCCCCACGAUGCGGACAACGCACGCACACGCACAGCAUCCGUGUCCACGUCGGACGAGGGCAUUGUCAUCGACUACAAGGAGGAGCGCAAGAAAAAGUCCAAAAAGUUCCGAUGCGUCUAUCGAGGAUGUGUUGGCGUGGUAGACGAUCUCAAUGCAGUCGUGCGUCACAUUAGGAAAACACAUUUGGGAAAGGACUCCCAUCGCUCCGCGGAUGAUGACGAAAAUGAGGUGGACUUCUACUACGAGGAUGCCGACGACGACGACGAGCAGGUGAAGCCCAGCCUGGCCUCCGAGCCGACGCUGAGUCACCGGGACAUGGCGCGUCCGCCGCACGAGGAUCCCGAGUACCAAAAGCAGAUUGUGGGCAACUUCAAGCAAGGACGCGGCGGUAGCCACUAUAACCACCUAGCGCAGUCGCACGGACGCACCAUCAGUGGCAGCAACAUCCCGAGCACCCACCAGCAGCAGCUGCAGAACAACAACACCAGCUGCAUUCCCACUUCGCACCUGGCCCACCACAACUACACAUGCCCGGCGGCGACGGCGACAGUGGGUAGCUACUCCUCCACGGGGACGGGGUCGGUGGCGGCCAGUUCAUCAGCCUCGCCGAACGGCAAACACGCUCGCUCGUCGUCCUCCCGUCCGACCCACUCGGUAGCGCCAUAUCCAUCGCCGACGUACGUCCAGCAACAGCAGCACCACCAACACACGCACCACCACAACUACGCUGGCAGCAGCGGCAGCAGCAACAGCAGCAGCAGCAGCAGUCCAGUGAUCCACAGCAAUAGCAGUGCCAACAACAUGCUGCAGCAGCUGUCGCAGCAGAACGUCACAGUGACGGCGCACCACAGCCAGCAGCAGCAACUGCAGCAGCAGCAACACCACCAGCAGCAGCAACACAGCCACCAACAGCAGCAGCAACAUCUCCUGUCCAGUGUGACGAUCACGCCCAAUUUCCAUCCGGCGCAGCAGCAGCACCACCACCAACCGAUGCGCGGCCACCAUCAGCAGCAUCCACAGACAACUGCCGGCAACCUGGUUGCCCAAAACAACAGCAACAACCACAGCAACGGAAGCAAUCCGCUGCAGCAGCAACAGCACAUGGCGCAACAGGUGGCCGUCAAGCAUACGCCCCAUUCGCCCGGCAAGAGGACGCGGGGCGAGAACAAAAAGUGCCGCAAGGUGUACGGCAUGGAGAAGCGCGACCAGUGGUGCACCCAAUGCCGGUGGAAGAAGGCGUGCAGCCGCUUCGGCGACUGAAAGCGACAGAAGUCGUCGACGGAGGCGGCAAACCAGGCGUCGGCGCACCAGUCCAAGGCAGCAACAGCAGCAUCAUCAGCAGCAGCAUCAGCAACAGCAACACCCAACCCAGCAGCAAUAUCAGCAACUCCCAGCCCGGCAGCAACAUCGUCCUCUAAAAUGACCACCACAGUGGUGCGUUUGGCGGCCGAGGUGGCUGCCGGCAAGCAGCUACCCCCGUCGUUGACCAUCAAAACCAACAAGCGCUACGGUGGUCAGGUGCAGCAGCAGCAACAACAACCGCAUCCGUAUGCGGUCACCGCCAACAGCAACACAAUUAGCAAUAGGCCGGUGCGUAUACGCAGUGUGGCCACCUCGGUGAUUGUGGCGCCCAUUGCCUGCGCAGUAACGACGACGAACACCACGCCCAGCCACAUGGAGGACACGGAUGCUGACGAGGAUGCUGACGAGGAGCUGGAGGAGAUGGAGCAGGAGGAUCAGGAGGAGGAGGAGGAUCCGGAGGCACUCGAGGAUCAGGAGGAGGCGCAGGUGGCUGCUGCCAACGGCCUGCUGGCCUGGAGCCGAGCAGCCGCCAAUCAGCAGCAGGCGCAGGCCGUGCUGAUGCAGGGCUAAGUCCACCUGAGCCGCCACCGAGUGCGCCGUUAGCUUGCUGACUCCUGGAUGGCUGUCGGUGGCAGCUGUUGCCCCCCGAGGACACAAAACGCAAAAAUGCAAAUGAAAAAUGGUCUCUUCUUAUUUACUCUGCAUUGAAUUGUGCACCUUAAACACGUAACGGUAUCUCUUUUGUUGUUGUGCAGGUGUUUGCCAACUGCCGUGCAAAUGUUGCUGACAUUUGCGCCCGGGCAACAUUUGCAAUCUACAAUAAUCUAAUUAUUAUUAUUAUAAUUAUUAUUAUUACUAUUAUUGCAGUGCGUAAAUAUACAUAUACAUAUACAUAUUUAUUUCUAAAAUGACUUUGUUAAUUCUUAUGUUAAAAAGCUGAAAAGCAGUUGGCAACUUUUUAUAUACACAAAAAGCGAAAGCAACAAACAGUUAAAAUACGUAUGCCAGCUGUUUUUACAUAAAACAUAACAAAAAAAUGCAAAAGAAAAAACAGCAAAAACAAUUCAAGCAUAAACCAACAACAACAACAACACAUGAAAACCAACAAUAUUUAAAGCAAAUAUACAUUUGAUUUUUUUUAAUUGUAAGAACUCUAGUAAAUUUUUUUCUAGUAUUAAGUGCAAUUUCUGUUCUACUUCUCGCUCUAAACAAAGAAAACAAAACGAAAUGAUAUAAAAUGUAAGAAAACGAAGCAAACCAACUCAAACAAACAAACAAGCAAAUCAAAAUGAAACAAUCGGAGGUGCGGCAGAAAUCACUUUGCUGGGAAUUCACAUUGAUGUACGUAAGAAUUCAUCACUGAGUGGUUUUUGUGUUGCCUCCGUUUGAAAGCAGAAUAUUCAAACGAAAACCUAAAAAUAUGCAUAUUAAAUAUUCAAGGCGUUGCAUCUACACAUUAAAUAGGCAUAAACGAAAAAAUAGUUAAAUUACUUGCAUAAUCACAUGUAACUCAAAUCCAAGAGCCGUUUAAACAAUUUGUAAGUGUGUGUGUUAAGCGCUAAGAGUUAAGUAUUAAUCGACUUCAUGCAUACGAGCGGCAAUAGAUGGACACACAGCUAAAUAAUCUAGUUAAUUAAGCACCCAGCCACCACAGACCCACCCACAACCAAGUACCCAAAAAGCCCAAACUCUCAAACAACUCUAUAGAACAAUUACCCCUCAACCCGAAGACCCGACAUCCCGAUAUCCAAAAACCACGCUAAUGUAACAUAUAGACGUACGAGCAACUUAAACUUAAACGUAGUGAAUUUUAAAAACAAACAAACAAACCAAGCAAACAAACAGACAGACAGGCCGACAGACAAACAGAUGGAUUGUGAGGUAGAUCUUAUCCUUAUCGAGAAUCGUCGAAAUUUCAAUUGGAGCCAGAAGGAAAACACUUUCAAACAUGUUCAAAUUUUUAAUAAAUUGUUAAGUUGAUAUUUUCUAAAAACACACAAAAACGAAAAAUGAGCUAAAUUUGUCUAUUAAUUAAUUUGUAAUGAACUUAUGACUAAAAACUAAGAUUUAAAACAAAAAACAAAAACUUUUUGCGUUGUGCAACUGUUGUGAAUUGUUCAAAUUACGGUAUACACAUACAAACAAUGACGUCACAAAGGACCCAGCGAGGUUUGCGAGGAUAUAAGAAGAAGAUGUAGCCCAUCUAGGGAUAGCUACGCAUUGAGAUUGAAGAGCAGGAGAAUUUACGAAUGAAGAAAUGAAAAUACACAAGGAAUUCUUAACCAAAUUGGAAGUACAAACUAAAGUCUAGAAUAUGUAAAUAUAGAACCCCCAUACACACACUUAACGAACGGAAGUAAAAGGGAAUACGAAGCGGAAGUGCAAUGGGGAAACGAACCCACGAAAAAGUAAUGUUGAUGGGAGAGGAGGAGCGAAGGGAAAAUUGAGCUUAGGCGGCAGCAGCUUUAAAAAUAUUUCAAAAUGAAUAUGGAAAGUUAGGGAGAGCGGGAAAAUUGAAAGAUAAAGCGGAAGCGGAAGCAGAAGCGAAAGCGAAAAGCAUGCAAAAACCGUAAGGAGAAAGUAAAACACGCAAGCGAAAAUUUCAUUGAAAUUGUUUGCCGUGAUUUGAAUGAAAUUCAUAAUGGUGGCCAUUUUUGUGUAAUGCGAAAAAGUUUAACAACAUUUUUUACACUUGUAUUUCGUUUUUAUUAACUAUAAGUUUAACCAAAACAACAACAACAAGAACGAUUGUAAGCAAACGGAGUAAAAUGCAACUGAAAACGGAGGAAAUGCAAUACAUUUUACUUAUUUUUGUCUGUCGCCCAGGACGGCGUCUAUUCUUUAUUACGAAUUAUGAUUACGAGUAUGAUUAUUGUCAUCAUUAUUAUUGUUUUUCUUGCUAAUUUUCGUGCACCACACACAAACACCCCACACAAGCGUAGUUAAGUGCGCACACUCGAUCUAUUUCGUUGCGUUCUGGAAAUUAUUUAAACUUAAGUGAUAUUUUUAAACAAACAAAAAACAAAGAUGCAAGAGGAAAGAAAACUAUCCAUUAUUAUAUAAUUAUCGCUAAUAUUUCUUACUAUUUUAUGUGUACGAUUACCACGAUUAUCACGAAAAGAGCAAGAAAUACAUCAUGGCAGGCAAAGUCCCUCGAUCGGAAUAUCCUCAAAAUCCGAUCGGAGACUAGAACUGGCCUGGAAAACAAGCGGAAUGUGGCAACGGAUGAAGCAAAAUGAAAAUGCUUAUUCAAGAGAUGAAAGAUGAAGAUUUAUGGAGGAAAAUAUCAGAAAUAUCAGUAAAGGUCAAAGCUCUAAUCCAUCGAACAUGAAUUCUAGAUUCAUUCAAUAGCGAGAAAUAAUAUUUCUUUUUGAUUUUUUUCUUGAAAAGAAUACCACACAACAACAACAACAAGAACACCCAUUUUAUUAAAAAAUAUACAAUUGUUAUUUAUAAUUAAACAAAACAAAAACGAACCACUUUGUUUUUAUUAUGAUUUCACAUUUUCAGUUGCUACCUUGGUUUCCACUAUUCAGUUAUUAUUCGUUCAUUUGGGAGCGAAAGGUUUCCGCAUUCACGGAAACUCCAGCCGCAAUCCCCCUUUAUAAGAAGAAUGCAUUUCUCGAACAGACACGGUUUCUCCCAGGGUCUCAGACGUAGAACAGAUGGUAUCGAUACAAAUUGUACAACUUUCUACUGGAUCGAUUGGUAUUCCGUUGGUAGAAUGGAGCCAGAAACCGAAACAGUUGCUAGAUCCUUAUGAUCGUAUGUUGGAUUGUUCUUUCCGCUGGUCUAGGAUGUACAGAGAAGCAGUGCUUACAUAACAACAGAUCGAUGUGUUUAUCUCUUAACUAGCUAUAUACUUAUUAUCGGGCAUAUUUGCCAACGUGUACGUCUAAGCAGCAUAUGCAUGUAGAUGGGAACUUAUGAUAUUUCAUCGGAUAUUUAUCGUCGUUAUUGAUGUGUAAACAUAAAAUUAACUCUAAGCUAAGAUGGACUCGGAGUAGUCCCUUAAGGAGGAUCGAGUUCGGUUUAAAUUAGAAAUCUCACGGCAGCUGGCGGCCGGAUCCGGAUGCAGAUUCGGAUCUGGCGCAGCGAAUGCUGGUUCAGCGCGGUAUGUUGCAUCCACUAAACGAUAACUAAGUAAUUAUACUUGAUACAUUAUAUACAUAUACAGUACAUUUAGGUGUGUAGCUAGGGGCAAAGUGUCUGAGCGAUAUUUGAGCGAAUCGGACCCUGGACUUUGGCAUAUCUAGGUUAUAUCCGUGAGAGUCCGCUUCCGGUUCCGGGCAGAUUCGAAGCUCAGCGACCGUGGCUGCGGCCUGCGCGUCUUUGUGUGUGUGUUGGUGUUCAUUUUUUGGAUAAUUGGAAAGCGAAAUUAGUUUUAAAACAAAAUUGCAUUCAAUAUAAGGCUGAUUUAUUUGACUUGUUCAUUUUGAUAUAUACACUCAAGCACACAAACACACACACACUUACAAACACUCACACACCGAAAACACACACGCACACUCACGCAUAUCAGCCAGGCAGCUAACGGUGCUAGACAUUGAAUUCCAUUUAAGAUUAAGUGCAUUAAGUCGGUUAGUUUAGUGAGUAUCCAGCAAAAGACUUGCGCAUCGUUUAUUUGGCUGCGUUUUCACGAAUCCAUUCACUGCAAUCCAUUCACCCAAUCGCAUUCAUCCAUUUCAUAGUCGAGAAUCGAACAGAAGCGGGCAAACGGAGCUAUAUCCUGGGGAUCUUGCGUUUUUCGUAGCAUACCCCAGGGGGCUGAGGUGGAAAGUUGUUGGACGGAAACGGAAACAAGUGCUCAACACUGCCAGCAACGAAAAUCCGCAUCCGAAUCACCACAUUCUGCUUAAGGAACACACGAAUUCGAGGAAGCAAUAAGCUGUUUAUACAAUCAAAUACCCUGUAAUCAUGUAUCAUGCACACAUUAGAGCAUUCUUGUGAACUGACUGAUACUUCAAACCAAAAAAGAAAAAAACAAAAAAAAAACAAGAAACCAAAAUACGAGGCGAGAUUAUGUAUAGGGAAUAUCACGAAUAUCAGACGUGAAAUCAUCUAACAUAGGUCGCUUAAAGUUAAGCGAGAAAUCAUAAUUUCAAUAAUAGGUUUUAAAUAAGUUUUUCUACCCAAGAGUUGUUGUAACUUUUUUACAAUUUAAAAUUUAAAUUUAUGAUAAUUGGCAGGACAAUUGUUUUGAUAACUGAAAUGGGCGCAAGCGUAAGGAUGAGAAUUUCGGCCGAAAUUGUACUCAAUUAUUUUGCAUUGAUUAUUGGCUGGCAACUGAAACCACUAGAUGUCUUCAAAAAGAUUGGCUAAAUGCAUCCUUGAUUUCGAAAAGACUUUUUCUUCGGGGCAGACGCCCCCCACUGAAUAUUUAUGGGUUAACGCAGUAGUGCCCAUGGUGUUGCGGAAAUUAAAAAUUAAAUCUAAACACUUAACAAUUACUAUGUAACAUUAACAAUAAUCGGCUUAGUUGGGCUAACUGAGAACUUUACUAGGAUCUAGGCGAUAUGAGAGAUGAACGUUGAAGGACUUGACGCGACUUGAUUAAAAUUAGACGCUCCCACUUCCCCCCGUUCCCACCACAUUUGUAUUUGUAUCCGUAUUUGUAUGUCUAGCAUUAGGGGCAUCCCCCAGCACACACGCACACGCCUACACACACACACACACACACACACACAGCCAUUCAUCAUCACCUUGAACUUUUCGUGUUUUUAUGUGUAGUUCGUAAGCGAUGAAUGAGCACGAGAUGAAUCUAUGAUAUAAUAUACUUGUUGUUGUGUCCACAUCUAUAGGAUUAGCCUACCCGAAAUCAGAUCGAUGCAUCCUUGUUUUGUUUACCUUGUUGACUUGUUUGCUGUUACGAAUAUCUAUCGAUUCUAUUAUCCCCACUGUGUACUUAACUCGGUUCUGCUUGGACUGGCCAGCUAGUUGAACUGGCGAAGUCGGCGAAGUUAGGCUAGAGCAUAAUUUAAAGGCAGGCGACGGUCGCCAGGAUCGCCGUGCCGCCACUGAUCACCACAUAACAAGGUACAAAAGAGCCGCAAUUGGGGCAGCAUCCACCCCCUGCCACGCCCAUUAGCCAAAGGGGCGCAAUUAGGCCUGGAGCAGGUGAAAAUUGAGCAGAGAAGCACACAGACGACACAGAAACAGAUUCAGAAAACAGAUUUAGAAACAGAUAAUACUACAAAUACGAACUAGCGUAACGGAGUUUUGCAUUUCCAAACGAAUACCAUAUGAAACCAAGUAAAUAACCAGCAACUAAGUGUCGUGUAUAUUCCAUGUUAAAAAUACAGCCACUGUGCUGCAUAUAAGCAUAUAAUUAUACAUGUAUACAGUAUAAAUAUAUAUAUAUAUAUUUAACCAUAUGCAUACAUAUAUCUAACCGAAAUUACGAAUAGCGAACGAGAACAAGAGCAAGAAAUCCCUUCAGAUGGCAAUGAUUGUUCAUACACCCUAGAUAAAUAGUUGUGCAUUAAUCAAUCGUACAGUUGUCUCAAUGUGAAAAGCUUAAGUCCACACCGAAACUAAUGUAAUAGCAGCUACAACUCGAGGACCCGAGGACCCCCCUCUAAGAAACCCAAUCACUGGUGACCCCGCACCCGAACGUGGUGACCCCGAAAAUUAAGAAAAUAAAAUACAUAACGAAUAUCCGUAAUACAGAGCAGCAGAGAUGUUUAACACUUCAAUUAAACAUUGGUGAGAAUCGAGUACCUACAAAACUGAAAGAGAUAGAGAAGCGCCCACACACGCACACACAUCCUGCACAUCCUGUGGCGGACUAGUGUGCGUGCGGGGCGACUAUAUUUUUUGCAAAGCAAAUUGUGCAGCAAAUGCAACCGAAACUAACGGAUAACGUUUUACGCGCGAACAUUUUUAGACAUACAAAAAGUAAAUCGUGAAAGGCAAUAUGAAGCGAGGGGAACACACACACAAACUACAGAUCAUAAAUAGAUAUAUUUUGCGUCUUUAUAUACAGGAAAACGGCAUAUUUGUAUAUUUACACUCAAUGUACAGAUCGCAGCUACGAAUCACAGCAGCUAGGGAUAUAUAGGGAUACUUUAGUACUUGUUGCUCGGUUGGCUUUUUAUGCUUCAUGUUAACUCCGAACCCAGAUCAGCCCAUUACGCCAUUAUCCAUUAACCUUGGCGCGUCGGCUAGGACCGGCACGUUUUCCACUCGGUGUACUGUCCACGGAACACUGAUCUGCAUAUGUACGUAUACCUAAGGACCCAUCACACUCAUCACACCGAAGCAUUGACUCUAACACCACUCACGCUAUAUGGGAAGUCCCACGAAAUAAAAUCAUUUUCAAAACUAUUUUAAGCGAAUGAAAACCUACAACAAAGAAAAAGCAAGAAACUCUAAAUCAUUUCAAUGAACGUGUUUAUGAAUGUUGAUUUUAAACAAUAAAUCGAAAUCAGAAUGAAUAAAGCAUAAACAACUAAUUGUAUGGAAUAAGUUAAACAAAAUAAAAAUUCUAUGAUAAUAUAAUAAAAACAGAAAAGACAAGAGCAAAAUGAUACUUUCAAAACUAAA